AUGGCACAGAUCAGCACCACCUCCGAACAGACCAUCCAGACGCUCGAGCGCAUCGGCGCGCACUCGCACGUCAAGGGUCUUGGCCUCGAUGACCAGCUCGAGCCGCGUCCAUCGUCGCAGGGCAUGGUGGGCCAGCGUGCCGCCCGAAAGGCUGCCGGUCUCAUCGUCAAGAUGGUGCAGGAUGGCCGUAUCGCCGGCCGUGCCAUCCUCAUGGCCGGUCCGCCCAGCACAGGAAAGACGGCCAUCGCAAUGGGCAUGGCACAGACGCUCGGCUCCGAUGUUCCCUUCACCAUGCUUUCGGCAUCCGAGGUGUUCUCGCUCGAAAUGAGCAAGACCGAGGCACUGAUGCAGGCGUUCCGACGCUCCAUCGGCGUGCGCAUCCGCGAGGAGGCCGAGGUGGUCGAGGGCGAGGUGGUCGAGAUCCAGAUCGACCGCUCGCUCACCGGCGCCACCAAGACGGGCAAGCUGACCAUCAAGACCACCGACAUGGAGACGAUCUACGAGCUGGGCAACAAGAUGAUCGACUCGCUCCAAAAGGAGAAGAUCACCGCGGGCGACGUGAUUGCCAUUGACAAGGCGAGCGGCCGCAUCACCAAGCUCGGCCGCAGCUUUACGCGCGCGCGCGACUACGACGCCAUGGGCAGCGAUACCAAGUUUGUGCAGUGCCCCGAAGGCGAGCUGCAGCGCAGGAAGGAUGUGGUGCACACGGUGUCGCUGCACGAGAUCGACGUGAUCAACUCGCGCACGCAGGGCUUCCUUGCGCUCUUCUCGGGCGACACGGGCGAGAUCAAGCCCGAGCUGCGCGACCAGAUCAACACCAAGGUGGGCGAGUGGCGCGAGGAGGGCAAGGCCGAGAUCGUGCCGGGCGUGCUGUUCAUCGACGAGAUCAACACCAAGGUGGGCGAGUGGCGCGAGGAGGGCAAGGCCGAGAUCGUGCCGGGCGUGCUGUUCAUCGACGAGGUGCACAUGCUCGACAUCGAGUGCUUCUCGUUCCUCAACCGUGCGCUCGAGUCGGAGCUGGCGCCGCUCGUCAUCAUGGCGUCCAACCGCGGCAUCUGCCGUAUCCGCGGCACGCGCUUCCGCUCGCCGCACGGCAUGCCCAUCGACCUGCUCGACCGCGUGCUCAUCAUCAGCACCAAGCCGUACGAGCUGGACGACCUCAAGCAGAUCCUCACCAUCCGCGCCGCCGAGGAGGAGGUGUCGCUGAAGCCCGAGGCGCUCGAGGUGCUGACGCGCAUGGCGUCCGAAACGUCGCUACGAUACGCCAUCAACCUCAUCACCACGGCCAACCUGGCUGCCAAGCGCAGAAAGGCCGACGCCGUAGAGGUGGUCGACGUGCGCAGGGUGUACAACCUCUUUGUCGACGAGAAGCGCAGCGUGCAGUACCUCAAGGAGCACGCAGAGCAGUUUAUGAGCGAGUCCGACGAGUACGGCGACAUCGACGGCCUCAGCUCCGCAGCUCCGAUCAUCGGGCGCCAGAUGGCCGCCGCGCAGGCCUGA